AUGACGGGGCAGGCACCAAGUCUCGUGUUCCGGUUCACCGACACGGAGGUCGCCAAGAUGGAGGAGGUCCUUCGUGACCUCAACGCCAUGCCCAAGCAUCCUGUCAUCCAGGGCCUCACCGACGACUUCAAUGCCUCCCAGGACCGCUCCGGCGACGGCAAGGUCCUCGUCCAGUACAAUCAGGUGAGGAAUUGGUUCCAGAACCGGAGGUCCGUGCAGUCCAGGAAGAUGAUGGUGCCCCCAGUGGCCGAGGAACACCACCCAGUGGCCGGAUCUUACUCAGGGAAUAGUUCUUCGGAUGGUGGCCAUGUCCAGUUUGAGGCAAAGUCAGCAAGAAAUGGUGCAUGGUACAAUGUUGCUGCCUUUAUGUCCCACAGGUUCAUUGAAACGAGGGACCCGGAAGUACUAGUUCGAUUUACUUGGCUUGGACCCGAGGAGGAUGAAUGGGUUGAUGUUUGUAAAUGUGUGAGAGUGCGUUCUCUUCAAUGUGUUGCUGUGCUGCCUGGGGAUAUCAUUAUGUGUUUUAAGGAAGGUAAAGAGCAGGCCCGCUAUUUUGAUGCACAUGUUCUUCAAGUUCAAAGGCGCAGGCAUGACGUAAGGGGGUGCCGCUGCAGGUUUCUUGUUUGUUAUGAUCAUGAUCACUCUGAGGAGUUUGUUCCACUGAACAAGGUAUGCCGUCGAUCAGUGCAUCAGAAAGCCCAAAAGCCGCACGAGAUGAUGGAUGUCAACACUGACAAGGUGACCGGGGGCGGGGUUCCCAUUCCACCAGAUCAAGGAGGUCCAUCUGACAAGCCGGUUGCUCCCUUACUUGACUCGCCCACUAGCACUGGCAGCAAUUCAGUGGCAGAUGUUGAGGCGGGGGGUACGGAGGCUACCCGAAAUGGUGAAGGUGCAGAUGAAGCACAUGGCGACAAGAUUGAUGUGGGAGCUUAG